UGAUGGUACCACCCAUUGCUCCCUAUGGACAAACUGAGGCUUAUCCCACCACAACCCUAGCUCUGAAUUCUUGUCCCAAGAUCAACAGGUAUCCAGCUCAACAAAUUUGCUGCCUUUCCCAUGUAAUGGCACCACCUUUCCCUUCUCCCCACAACUGUCUAGGUGCAACACUCCUUCUCCAAGCUGUCCUCAAUGUUGACCUUUUCAUUGCUGCCACCACGGCUGGGCUUCAGGAAGAGAAUGGCUCCAGUCUCAUCCCACAGUGGCGGCUGACGCUGCAGAAAGAAUUUGGCAUUAGCUUAAGACACUCCCGGCAACUUCUCUGCAAAAUACAGAAUAUUUCACGUCGCUUCCUCUCUGAACGUCUGUCUGGAGUGCAGCCCACUUCUGUACGAAGCUCAGGGCAGCUUCCCUCAGUCAGCCUUGAUCUCUACACGUGGCUUUCUCUUCCAGAUGCCAAGCGCCUGACCUACAUGUCCAAGAUGCUGCCAUUUUAUCAGGGUUUGGCACAACAGCUGAGGGACCACGAGGCCACCAAAGAAGACUCUAAAUUCCUAUCUAACUUUGAAGACAUCAGUCUUUCCCUCCGAGACCUGGACCAUCACGUGAGUUAUCAGAUUUUGCUUUGGGGCCUGCCGAUUGAAAACGAGCCUGAGCCAACACUCAAGCCCCUUCGAAUUCUUCAGCACCGGAGUUGGUGGAGGAAUCGCCAGGAAGUAUAUGUCAUCUUGCGCUCCCUCAACAGUUUCCUGUGCCGGGUCACAAGGGAAUUCUUGCUGCUGAGGACUCGGGUGGCUAAAGACACUUCCUUUUCCAAGGCUUCCAAAUCUACACCACUCCCAGCCUAGAUCCCCAAUCCGCUGUCAGAGGAUGCUGGCAUCCUGGCAUCCAGACCUCAACAC